ACGGGACGCGGCAGCUGCCCGGGGUGGGAGGUGAUCGGAGCCCCCCGCCAGCCGCGCUUGAAGGGCUCCCCGCAGGACUGGGCGCCGGGGGUCUUCCUGCCCGCCCGCCCAAGGCGCCCCCCAGCCUCGGCUUCUGCGGCGUCCCGGAGCCGCUUCCGAAGGAGGCGAGCCUGAGCCGCGAUGCUCCUGAAAAGGCUGCCCGGCGGGCGAGGACCGCGCUGAAAAGCCCCGGCAUCCCCGGGCUGAGCCUCUCGGGGGAAGCCGGCGCGCGUCUCCCGGACGGCUCAGCGAAGCCUCCCGAGGCCCAGAAGCGCAGUUUGGGGGAUCCCACUGAGGCAUCUGAGGGCUCCCUUGCCUGGCCUUGUCCUCCCGGGGGUCCCACGUGGUUGCUGACCUGCAUGAACUGGCUUUAAGAGCUGCCGAAUCGGAACCGGCCCCUUUCCGUCUCCUUCAGCCUUCUUGGUGACGACCAGCUGCUAACCAGCCAUGAAACCCGGCCGGUUCCCCUGCCUCCUGGGAUGCUUUCUGAUGGCUGCAGCCACCCUGGGCGGCAAAGUGGUGCCCAGGAUGACCUUUCAGAGAGGGGACCCCAGCCGUGAGGUCGGCACCUUCAGCCAGGAGGGGAUCCUCAACUAUGACACUUUCCUCUUGAGUGCAGACGGUGCAACUCUCUACGUGGGAGGGAGGGACGCCAUCCUUGCCCUCAAUAUAAGCAACCCCCCCAUCAGGCUGAAGGGGAAGAUCCCCUGGAGUCCCAGCCCGGAGAAGAGGAGGGAGUGCGUCUUCAAGAAGAAGAGCAACGAGACGGAAUGCUUCAACUUCAUCCGCAUCCUGGUUCAGCUAAAUGAGACCCAUCUGUACACCUGUGGCACCUACGCCUUCAGCCCCACCUGUGCCUACAUUGACGUGGAGAAUUUCACUCUGGUGGCCGAUGCCAAAGGGCAGCCCGUCCUGCAGGAAGGCAAAGGGCUGUGCCCCUUCGACCCCCGGCACCAGAACACGGCGCUCAUUGUGGAUGGAGAGCUCUACACGGGCACCAUGAAUAACUUCCAGGGGAACGAGCCGGUCAUCUCUCGAACCCUGGGCAGCCAGACCGUUCUGAAGACCGACAGCUUUCUCUCCUGGCUGCAUGACGAUGCUGUGUUCGUGGCCUCGUUCAACAUCCCGGGACCCCCGGAUGAUGAAAAAAUCUAUUUCUUCUUUGAAGAGACAGCAAAGGAAUUUGAUUUCUUUGAGAAACUGACCGUGUCCCGUGUCGCCCGGGUCUGCAAGAACGACGUCGGGGGCGACAAGGUUCUCCAGAAGAAAUGGACCACCUUCCUCAAAGCUCAGCUCUCUUGCAGCCAGACGGGGCUCUUCCCCCACACCGUCCUGCAGCACGUCUUUGCUCUCCCGCAGCCGAGGGGCGGCACCCUGUUUUACGGGAUCUUCGCUUCUCAGUGGCAGACCAGGAGCUCCGGCAGCUCAGCCGUCUGUGCCUUCAGCCUGGACGCCAUCCAGAAGGCCUUCGAUGGGAAGUACAAGGAACUGAACAAGGACUGCUCCCGAUGGAUGACCUACAGCGGCCCCGCCAUGGACCCCCGGCCUGGCAGCUGUUCGGUGGGCCCCUCUUCCGAUAAAGCCCUCACCUUCAUGAAGGACCACUUCCUGAUGGAUGAGAAGGUGGCUCCCAUCCACAACCAGCCUCUGCUGGUGAAGGAGGAUGUGAAGUACACCCGCAUCGCAGUGGACCAAGCGCAGAAGGCCUGCGGGGCUGCCUGCACCGUCCUGUUCUUGGGCACAGACAGAGGCUCCCUGCACAAGGCGGUGGUGGUUGGCCACAAAGCCCACAUCAUUGAAGAGAUCCAGCUGUUCGAGAAGCCGGAACCCGUCCAGAACCUGCUGCUUGUUCCUGAGAAGGGAAUCCUGUAUGUGGGCUAUUCCGAAGGGAUUUUAGAAGUCCUGGUGGCCAACUGCAGCGUGUACGACACCUGUGCCAGCUGCCUCUUGGCACGCGAUCCCUACUGUGCCUGGGACGGCCGCUUGUGCCGGGCAGUUUGGGAGGAGACCAGAAACAGGACUGACUGGCUGCAGGACGUUGAGCAGGGGAAGGCUGAUGCCGUGUGCCAGCGCCACAGCUGGAAGGGGCGAACCAUGCCAAGGUCGACGAACAACUCUGAUGGAAUUUCACUGAAAGUGCUGACCGGCCCCUUCAACUCCAUGGUGCGCCUGCCCUGCCCACAAGUCUCUGCCCUGGCCAACUACUCCUGGACGUACCCGGAGGGCAGCUUCCCGUCACAGGAAGGGAUGACUGUCCGAGACCACAGUGGCCUGCUUGUGUUUGUGCACAGCCGCACGUUGGGCGAGUACGUGUGCUGGGCCAGCGAGAACGGCUACCGGCACCGGGUGGCCUGGUACGAUGUGCGUAGUGACCUCCCUAUGGACGGCGCCAGCAGCUCCAAGGGCAGUCCAGAGCAUCAGGCAGUGCCCGUGGGGGAGUGGCGCUCUUACUGGGUCCAGUUUGUGACCGUGACAGUCCUGCUUUCCAUGACCUUGGCAGUGGCCAUGGCGCUGGGCUUCUUCUCCUACCACGACAAGCUGAAGGCCAAAACCAAAGUGCAGGGUUGCAGCGUUCCCGAGUCCACCAGGACUCCGGUGCAGGAGAAGGCCCCCCUCAACGGCAGCCAGAACUCCCCAGGAGACAGGGACUACCGAUCGCAGGACGCCACUGACGGGACCAAAUCCUGCUGCGUGCAGGUAGAAGGUGGGAGCCGAGCCGUGGAUACAGACAACAAUCGCCUGAACUGCCCCUUGAUGAAUGGGGAGGACGCCCGAGCCGUGGAAGCCAUUUAACUCGGUUUUGACCGGAGAACUUUGUGGACUCUCGGAUGAGCACAAAACGCCUUGCACGAUUGUAGUGUGGCUCCCAAACACGGCUAGGUUACCUCUGGGGUCCAUUUUUAAACGUUGUUUGUUCUCGGUUGUGUUUUGUACGACGCCAGACCAACUGCAAAACUGAUACUGGGGAUCCGGAUGGGUUUCUUUCUUUCCCACCUCCUUCCUUUCUGUCUUCUCCUGCGUAUCGGCAGCAGCUCCACCUGCUUCCUCACAGCCCCAUCUGCAAAUAUUUGCAGGAACUGGAGGAAAAAUAGAGCUGGCAUUCAGAGCGUUUUCGUUUGAGGAGCUCCGAGAGGACGAGGGAGGUGGGGAGUGGGUAUCUUCUUAGAAAGACAGUUGGCAGCUCAGGUGGAUGACUGACCCCUCUGCCCAUCUCCAGAAAUUGUGAUGCAUUUGUUUUUUCUGGAGCAACGUUGCUCAAAUUGGUCGACCUGAAGAUGGGUGGACUUCAACUCCCAGAAUUCCCCAGCCAAUCCUGGGAGUUGAAGUCCACCCAUCUUCCGGUUGCUGGGGUUGAGAACUCGGGGGGUAAUUUUAACCACUCCACACAUUGUGAGAGCCACUAGAAAUCUCUUCUGACUGCAGCAAGAACGGCACAUUCGUCGCAGUGUCUUUGCCCGGCUGCUUCAGUUUUGUCCUCCUCCAUUUUGCUGUCACGUUCUGCGUUUUGUUCACGGUUUUGGGGCCAAAGAAGCAGCUAUGCAAGGUCCUAAGCAAGCCUCCGUGUUCACCCCCCCUCCCUCCAGCUUCCCUUGCCCUAGAAGUGCCCCCUCUGGCCCCUCACGCUGCAUUCACACACGACCUUGGCAGCCGCCAAGAUCAGAGCCUUGACGUUUCCAAGAUGAAAGCUGGUUUUCCCAAAGGCGGAGUGCUCUGCAACCUUACUGCGUUUUUUCUGUCCCUCUGCAAGCCCCCUCCCGUGUUUUUAUUGUUUUAAGAAUUCUGUUUUUAAAGGUUUACUUUGCACCGGUUGUGCCAGUCGAAGAUUAGGCUUCCCUGCAGCCUGGCAAUGGCAGUCUCCUGCCCCCUGUUAAGGGGAGGGGGCACUGGGGCGGGGGUGGUUUGAUUUCUGACUUUCUGACAGGCAGGCUCUGCUCCUUGCUUGUUGCCUCACUGAAUUCCCUUGUGGAGGAGCAGAGGAGCCACUGGCUGCAAGAAAACCUGUUUUGAACCAAGGGGGCUUUAGUGGAUCCAUCCAGCCUCAGUUACAAGAGGUUGCUUGCAGCUUCCGUAUUUUUCUUCCAUUUCUUUUCAUUGUGGGGAGGAGAUGACACAGUUGCAUGUGACAUUUUUGAGGUCAUUACUCUGGGAGCUGGGAUUAAAUCUGUGCCUAGAUCAGCUUUUUUUCAAUCUCUGCAAUUUCAUAAAAUGGGUGGACUUCAACUCCCAGAAUUCCCUAGCCAGCUGGCUGGGGAAUUCUGAGAGUUGAAAAGUCUACCCAUCUUCAAGUCAGAGGUUGAGAAACACCAGUUUCUAUUUCUAAUGGUUGCAGCUGCUGCCCUCUGGUGAAUAAAAUGACAAUUGCACCUGAGCAGGUAUUUGGUCCCUGCCCGGCACUGGAGAAUUUUACUGCUUGGUCCCCACCGAGGGCACGCAGAAUGUAUUAUUUCUAAUGUUUAUAAUCCACACCAUUUGUUGUUGGUUUCACUUAAGUGUUAGUUGAAUGGAAGACUUUUGGGAGCACCUUCAAGGUUGCAGAAUGGGUGGAAGGGGCCUGGGGAAGACCCCCUCACCCCCGAAAGCUGUUUUAGACAAUAUUCUGCCAAAAACCUGGGUCUGCCAUUCAGUGCCAUGCAAGGAUGAUUGCAAAAAAAUACAAAACCGGUUUGUCUCUUGUCUGCUUAAAGAGCUACCCUUAAAAAUGUGAGGUGUGAAGAGGACCUGGGUUGCAAAAGCAAAAGGCCAGGUAGAUAGGCUACCCUGGAUCCUUAUUAAACACUUGGUGUAUGCAUGUGUGUGUGUGUGUUUCUCCUGUCUCGGUGUGCAAGAGAGUGGUGUGUUUAAUUGUGGUAUUGGAGCAGCAUGUCUCUUCUGAAGAACAAAGUCGAUACUCAGAUUCAGUUAAAAGAAAUUAUCCGUAUUAUCACCAGCCCGUUUGCCACCCAUUUUGAGAAGAUAUGGAAGAGAAGGGACUUUUAAAAAGGGGCCAGACUGUACAGAGAAGGGAGGGGGCGGCGAGCUUCUCCUUUACCCCAUUCUGCCAAGGGUGGGCAGCCUGGGAACGAUUGCAAAAAUGAGAAGAGAGAGUCAUCUGGUAGCAGAGAGAUGCUGCAUUUCAACCGGCAGAUGUAAAAUUAAAAAAAAUGUUUAAAACUAGAAGGUGGCCGGUUCUUCUGCCUCUCAAAUGUUUGGGUGCGAGAAGUUGGAAGAUCUCGCUGUCUCUUUGUGGGCUGGAGAAGGGAAAGGACGUUGCAAGGAGCUGAAAAGAGCUCGCUUGGAUACUUGACAUGCAAACACCUGUGACUCUCUUGGUCAGAGAAGGAAGGAAGAGCAGUUUGCACUGUAGGAGCUCCUUGGUCAAAGGGUCUGCAGGGUUUUUAAAAAGUGCCCGUAUUCAGCUCAAUUCCAUAAAAAGAAGGACAUUCAUUCAUUCAUGACUGGCUGUUUGUUGCAAUGUUGUUCCUAACCUUGUUUUUUUCUUUUCCUAAAAGAAAAAAAAAGAUGUAAAUCAUUGUGUUUAUACAAACUAUUUUUAUUAAAAAGUGUUGUGCGGUUGUCCAAUG